CAUAUUACCCAAAAAAAAAAGAAAAAGGCAGGUUAAUAAACUGAAGAGGAAGGUUCACAAAUAGGCCCAACCAAAAAGACAGCAAGAAACGAGUCUUGCAGUGCGAGUGCGUGAAGAAGGUGAGAUCAAAAUCAUCAGCCAACUCAAAUCUCAACCGGUGGCGACUCUCCGCUCCGCUCACACCCUCAACCCAUUCACUGCACAGGCAUAGAUAUUUGGAAAGAUGUCCGGCCAAAGCCAGCGCUUGAAUGUAGUUCCCACUGUAACAAUGCUUGGGGCCAUGAAAGCUCGCCUUGUUGGUGCUACAAGAGGUCAUGCUCUUCUCAAGAAGAAGAGUGAUGCUUUAACUAUGCAGUUCCGACAGAUUCUUAAAAAGAUUGUCUCCACAAAAGAAUCAAUGGGAGAGGUCAUGAAGACCUCCUCAUUUGCACUAACUGAAGCCAAAUAUGUUGCUGGAGAGAACAUCAAGCACAUUGUCCUUGAGAAUGUCCAAAAUGCAUCUCUUAAAGUUCGAUCAAAGCAAGAAAAUAUUGCUGGUGUGAAGCUCCCAAAGUUUGAGUACUUUACUGAGGGUGAGACCAAGAAUGACCUAACUGGAUUGGCUAGAGGUGGACAGCAGGUUCAGAUUUGUCGGGCUGCUUAUGUGAAGACAAUUGAGGUUCUUGUUGAGCUUGCCUCACUGCAGACAUCAUUCUUAACACUUGAUGAGGCAAUCAAGACCACUAAUCGUAGAGUUAAUGCUCUAGAGAAUGUUGUGAAGCCAAGGAUAGAGAACACCAUAACUUACAUUAAAGGGGAGUUGGAUGAGUUGGAAAGGGAGGAUUUCUUCAGGUUAAAGAAGAUACAGGGUUAUAAGAAGAAGGCAAUUGAGAAACAGCGUGCGUCUGCCAAGGGGUUUGCUGAGGAUCAGGUUGCAGAGAAGAUGUCUUUGCAGAGAGGGAUAUCAAUGAAUGCAGCUCACAACAUGUUAUCUGCAGCUGCCGGGAAGGAUGAGGACAUCAUUUUCUGAUUUGGGGAUUUGUUUAUAUGUUCUCUUUAGAGAUGCGUUGCUUCAUCUGUGCUUCUUGUUUUGCUGCGGAAAAUUCAGAUUACUAUUUAGAAUAACAGUGUUGUGUUCUGAAUAAAACUUUUAAUGUUUUUUUAUCCUGUCUAGUGUAUUUAUGAAUUGACUUUUUAUACUUGAGUUAUGAAAUAUUUGUUGACUGGAGUUGAUUAGCUGAAAAAAGCUUAGUGGAUCAGUUCUCAUUUUUUGCA